GCCAUCUUGGGCCCGCGCUCCCCGUCCGAAAUGCCCGGCGAAGCCACGGAGACCGUCCCCGCCGCCGCCGAGCAGGACUUGCCUCAGCCGCAGGCCGAGACAGGGUCCGGGACAGAGUCGGACAGCGAUGAGUCCGUGCCGGAGCUCGAAGAGCAGGACUCGGCGCAGGCAACCACACAGCAGGCUCAGCUGGCAGCUGCCGCCGAGAUAGACGAAGAACCCGUCAGCAAAGCCAAACAGAGCCGGAGCGAGAAGAAGGCGCGGAAGGCCAUGUCCAAACUCGGCCUUCGCCAGGUCACCGGUGUGACCAGGGUGACCAUCCGGAAGUCCAAGAACAUCCUCUUUGUCAUCACCAAGCCGGACGUCUAUAAGAGCCCGGCUUCGGACACCUACAUCGUCUUCGGGGAGGCCAAGAUAGAGGACCUGUCCCAGCAGGCCCAACUGGCCGCAGCAGAGAAAUUCAAAGUCCAAGGCGAAGCCGUCUCGAACAUCCAGGAGAACACACAGACUCCCACCGUCCAGGAGGAGAGCGAAGAGGAAGAGGUUGACGAGACGGGCGUGGAAGUGAAGGACAUCGAGCUGGUCAUGUCGCAGGCCAACGUGUCCCGGGCCAAGGCCGUGCGCGCGCUCAAGAACAACAGCAACGACAUUGUCAACGCCAUCAUGGAAUUGACGAUGUGAGGCCCUCCGCCGGAGGACAAGGACAUUUUUGGUGUGUCAGAUUAAACGCAGCUAAAUUGGAGCUUUGUACUGUUUCUAUCGGCUAAUAAAGUGUGGCUUGUUGGC